AUGUUACUGUCAAUCCUCUUGCAUCUUUCCGGCCACUACCGCGUCCCCCUUGAACUGGGUAGCCUCGCUAGCACUGCCCAUCCACUGUCCGUUUCUACGUCGCGGGCGUACGGGCCUAUCUUGUCAACUUCGGCUUCCCCCACGGGGGCUUCAACGACCCCCUCUUUGCCCGCAUCGUUCGGAAUCACCAGCACACCGGCUCAGCAAAAGAUUCCCCUGCUCGUCACCUCUGUCGACUCCUUCACCCAGCGCGUGCUCUCCUAUCUCCAGAUCCUCGGUUUUGAGCAUGUCUCUGUCCGGCUCGCCAUCAGCAACGAGGCGAUGCUGGAAUCUGCCGAGAGCUGGCAGCCCGAUAUCGUGCUGUGCCCCUUCUUGACCAAUAAGGUGUCACCGAGCAUCUACAACACGUGGAUCACCCUCGUUGUCCACCCAGGCCUCCCCGGCAAUGCUGGCUCCUCCUCCCUCGACUGGGAUCUGCUCGGCGACAACGGCGCCGUCCCCUUUUCCACCGACCUCCUCCCUGCCCUCCUUUCAACUCUCCCCAGCCCUGUAGCCCAGCGGCCACACUGGGGCACGAUCUGCUUCCAGGCCACCGAAGAUCUCGAUGACGGGGUUAACCUCCACUCGCCUGCUGUCAUGACGGCUGUCAUCACUGCUCUCAUCAGGGUGUAUGGAAAGACUGCGGGUAUGGAUAAGGCAGAGGGGAUGAAUGUCGCGCCGGAGAAGGGCUGGCAAGAGCUGAGUGUCUCUUUGGGAGAGAGAUUUUUGGGCGGAAAGACGCACGAGAGGCCGUUGCUCCAGUUUGCCAAGCGAAAACCGGACUGGGAGAAGCAUACGGCUGAAGAUGUGCUGAGGAUCCUCAACGCUAGCGACUCUCAGCCGAGCGCUAUGCUGCACCCUCUUACGUCUGCCUCCAAGGCAUCGCUCUUUGCGUAUGGCGCCCAUCUCCACAAGAAGCAAGAUAUCGACAACGAAAAGAAGACUCUAAAAGCGGAAGACGCGGGAGUAGAGGAGAUUGAAGAGAUGGAGGUGAAGUGGUAUUUGAGAAAGAUGGAUGUAUGCAGAAUGCGGAUUAUGUGCUUGCAUGGGUGGUCAUAG